GCCACCUACAGCCCAGGAGGGUGAGCGUCAUGGCGGCUUCUUGCCCACUCCCAGUAACCCCGGAUCUGCCCACGCUGCGUGCCAAGUUGCAGGGGCUGCUGCGGUUCUUGAAGGAUUCCCUGCCCAUUUCCAAUGCGCAUACGGUAGACUUCUACACAGAGUCUCUGUGGGAGCAGCUGAUCGACUUGCCCCCUGAGACGGUGCUGGCUGCGCUGAAAAGGUCCGCGGCAGAGGCCCGGCCCUCCGAGCCGCGCCCCCUGAUGGAAGCAGAGAGGGAAUCAGGUAUUUCUGAUUUAUCCAAAAUAUUUUGUGGAACUUCUCAGAAGCUGGUGAAUGUAGAAGGCUUUGCUCUGGCUGCAAAAUAUUAUUCUCUACAAAACUUGGGAGUAUGUACUCCUUUUGAACAGUUGCUUGUAGCCCUUCAAGGAAAUCAAAAGCAGAGAACUGGUGAAAAUGUGAAGCCAGAUGAGUUUAUGAAUAUGAAAAAGUCUCAUGAAGUUCAUACAAUGUCAGAGCUGAUAAGCAGUAUUGCUGAUUUUUGUGGAAUAAAGCAGGUGAUUGACUUGGGUUCUGGUAAAGGCUACCUAAGUUCGUUUUUGUCCUUGAAGUAUGGCUUAAAAGUUUACGGAAUUGAUUCCUCACACAUCAAUACUCAUGGAGCUGAAGAGAGAAAUAGGAAAUUGAAGAAACAUUGGAGAGUUUAUCAUACUCGGUCAAGAUUAGAUGUCAAUGGACUGGCAUUAAAAAUGGCAAAAGAAAGGAAAGUGCAAGAUGAAAUUAAAUGUAAAGCAGAUACUGAGGAAGAGUGUAAUAACAGUGCUAUAAAUCAAGAAGAGAUGUCUCUCUCAGGUGUUUUUCCAGAUAUUUCAGAUCCUGUAAUAUAUAAUAUCAGAAAAAAAAAGGAAAACAUACAUGCUCAGCCACAGCGAGAAGAAAAUUUGUGUUUCGAAAAUGUCUUUCCUUUGAUAGACUUUUUGCCUAUUAAUGCUGUAGAACCUACUUCUUCAUCCCAGAUAUCCAGCAGAGAAAUUUCUGAAGCAAACAAAGAAAGAAAAAAAACAACAUCAAAGUCAAGUGAAUCAAAUAUAUAUUCACCUUUAACUUCUUUUAUCACUGCUGAUUCAGAACUAUGUGACAUUAUUAAAGACCUGGAGGAUUGUUUGAUGGUGGGCCUACAUACUUGUGGUGAUCUUGCUCCAAAUACUCUGCGGAUAUUUACUUCCAAGCGUGAAAUUAAGGGAGUAUGCAGUGUGGGUUGUUGCUACCACCUGUUAUCUGAAGAGUUUGAAAAUCAGCAUAAAGAAUGUACUCAAGAAAAGUGGGGAUUUCCAAUGUGCCACUAUCUAAAGGAAGAGAGAUGGUGCUGUGGUCGUAAUGCCAGAAUGUCAGCAUGUUUGGCUUUGGAGCGGGUUGCAGUUGGCCAUGGGCUGCCUGCUGAAUCACUCUUCUAUCGUGCCGUCCUUCAGGAUAUUAUUAAAGAUUGUUAUGGUAUCACCAAAUGUGAUCGGCAUGUUGGUAAAAUUUAUUCCAAAUCCUCUUCCUUUCUGGAUUAUGUCAGAAAGUCUCUAAAGAAGCUUGGAUUAGAUGAGUCCAAGCUGCCAGAAAAAAUCAUAAUGGACUACUACAAGAAGUAUAAGCCUAGAAUGAAUGAACUGGAAGCUUUUAAUAUGAUGAAAGUUGUUCUGGCUCCUUGUAUAGAGAUGUUGAUUCUUCUGGAUCGACUUUGCUACCUAAAAGAGCAGGAAGAUAUUGCAUGGUCUGCACUUGUGAAGUUGUUUGAUCCUGUGACAUCUCCCAGAUGUUAUGCUGUUAUUGCUCUUAAGAAGCAGCAAUGAUUCAAGUUAAAGCAAGUUAUUACUCACAG